CAAAAUCUUUCUUCUAAAAGAGCACUACAUUUCCCCCCUGUGUUUUAAAAGCAUACAUACGUACACUGGGUGUUUAAAAAGGAGCCCAAGGCUUAAUUUUAUGAAUAUUAGAAACAGCAUUAUUCCCAUGAAUGAUGCAAGCUUCAGGCUAACGGAGGGUCAGGACCUGGUGGAAACAUGAUGAUGAAUUAACUGGAUAUGUCCUCCCCAAGUCCCAAGGGCCAAUAGGAGAGUCCCUUUUCUUGUUGGCUCUCCAACAUCCACAUGGAAGAACAUAUGACUUCCUGCCUGGAGGGCAUUCUUAUUAGCAAUACAUAAUCACGGCAGGGUUCCAUUUUCAACCCCACUGGAACAUAUAUGAAUCAUAAGUUACAUUUGCUCAAUCACCUUGAGUUGUAAGUGGUCUUUUGAAAUGUGACUCUGUUAAUCAUCUACUCCAAAUGCCAAAAUCCAAUGAGGCGUAACCAGUUCCAUGCAAUGGUAUCCAAAUGGUAGAGACAUUAAGUGUUUUCAUUACCAGUGACAAGUUACAAGGUAUUGUUAACUAAGGAAAGGGCUGGCAAGAUGGGCCCUCUUUUACUUCUAAUGUCGACUUGUUUGAAGAGGGAAGAAAGCAAAUGCCAACAAUCCCCCAAAUGUAAUUUGCUGUGUUGUCAUCAGGUAGGGGAGUAAGUGAUUUUCAGUGCUGAGCCUCUUCACAGCACACCUAAUCGCUGACCACUGAGACUACUGAAGUCUCAGGGUGAGAAGAGACGGACAGCAGUGAGGGUGAUGGGGAAUUUGUAUGUCUUUCUGUCUUCAGGCAGCAGAUAAAGUUACCAGAAGGAAAUCUCUGGGUGCAAUCUGUCCAGCUACAUAUACAUUAGGGAUCCUGGUGGCCAAAUGAAGUCUUUGUGGAAGCAUCGAAUUCUUUUGUUAGACUUCAUGAGGUGCCUACUCCUAGAUAGUCCAAUAUCUAGAAAUGUCACACUUCUAAAAAAGACAAAUUAAUUUCCCUCCUGAAAUUUGUAUAGGUAAUUUAGUCUUCAAAAAUCAAAGUUGAACAGUUCUGAUAUAUACACAAGGUGAAUGUUUGUGUCAAACAUCUGUAGGUGUAUGUUCAUUGUAAGUUAAGCCAUCUUUACAUUUGCAUAAAAUUCUCUUCACCCUGAAGUUGUGAAAGAGGACACCCAAAGUUAAAGAAGGCAUUUCUAGUAUCCUGUCUGCUCCCCUGUUGAGAAGUUGUAAGAAGGUACCUUGGAAAACUUAAAUGGUGAGUCUAAGGCCCCCAAGAAGGGGAGAGGCUUUGUGCUUUACAGAUUCCAGGAGUCGGACAGUGGAAGGGAAGCUGCUCUCAGACACCUUUUCAAACAAGGAGCGUUGACAUCGCCAGCGUUUUCUAGCUUCUCCAGAAUGUGGCCCUGGUGUGCUGAGCCCAGAGGCAUCCUGGAGCCGAACUCCAACCGGAGACCAAUGGCAUUGUGAGCGCCAAUCUCCUCAGCCUCUGGGCUGAAGCUGCUCCUGGCGCCUGCCGGGCCUCACCCCUCCUCCUCGAGUACAUUUACACACGACCCUCACAGGGGGAGAGCCCCUUCCCCCAUUUUUCUUAGUAGGUUCCCAUCUCCAGCCCAUUCAUUGACAGCUGCUGCGUGUGAACUGAAUAUCUUUCCUUUUUUAAAACAAAACCAGCAGGAGGGAAAAAAGGGAAGGCAGGAGAUUUAACUGCAACUAAAGAGCAACCGGUCCUGGGCUGCCCAUCUGACCCCAGUGGGUGGGGUGCAAUCUGACACUUCCUCUCCUUUCCAGAAACGUGAGUGGAGCUGGCGUCCCCCUUGACCUGGGGGAGGGGAGAUGAAGGGUGGGGGGAGAAGGUCCGCACUUCCGUCCUUAGGCUGUAUCCCCUGGAGACCCCGUAUCAGUGGUAAGCUGCGCGCAGUGCGCGCGGCUCCCAAGUUUGGCGUCUGGAAAACUCCACGUUCUUUCUCCUGCUCUUGGCUCCACCGCAGUUCCAGACCUGGCUGCUCCUCCCCAACCCCCGUCGGCCUCCCCGCUUCCCACUGCUUCUGCCGGGAGCGUGCAGGGACAUCUCCGUGCCUGCCCUCGGCCAAGGCUGGGCGGUGAACAUGGAGAGCCCCUCUUCGGCGGGGCGUGGGCACCCGCCCCCGGGGCUCUCUCCUUAGCUCUCUGAGCGCGGCCAGGAAUUCUCUUCCGCUAUAGCCACUCAACCCUUGGAAGGCCCUGGGCGCAGCAUGCACCGUUUCCGCGCUUUGUAGCCGGACUGGCACCCCACUGGAACCUGGAACUUGGAGACGCCCUUUCGCCUACCCAGUCGGAGGAGUGGGUGCAGCAGCCUAGUAGAGGCCAUACGCGCAACCUCAGGGGGCCGGACGCGGCGACCGUGCAGCGCGGGCGCAGCGCGGGCGCCCGGCUCUAGUGCCAGCGCGAGUCCUUUUCCGCGCAGGGAGCGCGACGGGUGCGCCCUGGGCGCACACCCAGGAGGUCCCCUCCCCGGCCCUGGGGACCGUCCGCAGGGCGCGAGGAGGAGCUUGCUGGAGACUUCGAGGCUGUCCUGAGCCAGCGAGUGGGAGCGCGGCUCCCGGCCUCAGCUGGGAAGGGGGAGUGGCGCUGGAGGGCUGGAGCUGGGAGCCCAGCUAGCGCCUGGCCUUCCCUUCCUGCCUGACCCCUGCGCUUGGGGAAGGUUCCAGCAGCUGCAGGAGCCCCCGGCCCCUUUUCCUAGCAGGCUGGUAAUGGGUCUCCUGCCUCUGUCCCCGCUGGGGCACUUGGAGCGCGCCGGUGGCGCGUGAGCCGGGCACUGCCCCCCCACCGCCCUCCGAGAGCCUGGGGCUGGCCCCGCCGCACAGCCUCGCCUGAGCCCCCUUCUUUCUGCGCCCUAAAUCGCUGGCGGGGAGCCGGAAGAAGGUGGCCCUCGGGCACAGCGCCGCCGAGAUGUCCGCGCAGAGUCUGCUGCACAGUGUCUUCUCCUGCUCCUCUCCCGCUGCGGGCGGCGCGGCCUCAGCCAAGGGCUUUUCCAGGAGGAAGCUGCGCCAGACCCGGAGCCUCGACCCGGCCCUGAUCGGCGGCUGUGGGGGCGAGGCCGGCGCGGAGGGCGGCUCGCGGGGGGCCACCGGGGGCCGCCUCUGCACCUUGCUGUCCGCGGCCGAGGGUCUCGGCUCCCGCUCGGCGUCCUCUCGGGCCCCACCCCUCCGGACCAACCGACUCCCGCCCCCUAGACCCCUCUGCUCGUCCUUCUCGACACCCAGCACCCCGCAGGAGAAGUCACCCUCAGGCAGCUUCCACUUUGACUAUGAGGUACCCCUGGGGCGCGGCGGCCUCAAGAAGAGCAUGGCCUGGGACCUGCCUUCCGGCCUGCCUGGUCCAGGCAGUGGCCGCAGCGCUGUCCUCUGCUCCUCCGCGGGAGGCCCCAACGGCAUCUUCGCUUCUCCCAGGCGGUGGCUCCAGCAGAGAAAGUGCCAGUCUCCACCCAACAGCCAAGGCCACCCCUACGUCGUGUGGAAGUCCGAGGGCGAUUUCACCUGGAACAGCAUGUCAGGCCGCAGCGUGCGGCUGAGGUCAGUCCCCAUCCAGAGUCUCUCGGAGCUGGAGCGAGCCCGGCUGCAGGAAGUGGCUUUUUAUCAGUUGCAGCAGGACUGUGAGCUGAGCUGUCAGAUCGCCAUUCCCAAAGAUGGACAAAAGAGAAAGAAAUCUCUGAGAAAGAAACUGGAUUCCCUAGGGAAGGAGAAAAACAAAGACAGAGAAUUCAUCCCGCAAGCAUUCGGAAUGCCCUUAUCCCAAGUCAUUGCCAAUGACCGGGCCUAUAAACUCAAGCAGGACUCACAGAGGGACGAGCAGAAGGACACAUCCGAUUUUGUAUCUUCCCUCCUCCCAUUUGGAAACAAAAGACAAAACAAAGAACUCUCAAGCAGUAACUCAUCUCUCAGCUCCACCUCGGAAACACCAAAUGAGUCAACAUCCCCAAACACCCCAGAGCCAGCCCCUCGGGCCAGGAGAAGGGGUGCAAUGUCAGUGGAUUCGAUCACAGAUCUUGAUGACAAUCAGUCUCGACUGCUAGAAGCUUUACAACUCUCCUUGCCUGCUGAGGCUCAAAAUAAGAAAGAAAAAUCCAGAGAUAAGAAACUUAGUCUGAAUCCUAUUUACAGACAGGUCCCCCGGCUGGUGGACAGCUGCUGUCAACAUCUAGAAAAACAUGGCCUCCAGACAGUGGGGAUAUUCCGAGUUGGAAGCUCAAAAAAGAGAGUGAGACAAUUGCGUGAGGAAUUUGACCGUGGAGUCGAUGUGUCUCUGGAGGAAGAGCACAGCGUUCACGAUGUGGCGGCCUUGCUGAAGGAGUUCCUGAGGGACAUGCCGGACCCCCUUCUCACCAGGGAGCUGUACACGGCUUUCAUCAAUACUCUGUUAUUGGAGCCCGAGGAACAGCUGGGCACCUUGCAGCUGCUCAUCUACCUUCUGCCUCCCUGCAACUGCGACACACUCCACCGCCUCCUCCAGUUCCUCUCCAUGGUGGCCAGGCAUGCCAGUGACAACGUCAGCAAAGAUGGGCAAGAGAUCACUGGGAACAAAAUGACAUCUCUAAACUUGGCCACCAUAUUUGGGCCCAACCUGCUGCACAAGCAGAAGUCAUCAGACAAAGAGUUCUCUGUCCAGAGUUCGGCCAGGGCUGAGGAGAGCACAGCCAUCAUCGCGGUGGUGCAGAAAAUGAUUGAAAAUUAUGAAGCCCUGUUCAUGGUUCCCCCGGAUCUCCAGAACGAAGUGCUCAUCAGUCUGUUAGAGACAGACCCUGACGUGGUGGACUAUUUACUCCGAAGAAAGGCCUCCCAAUCAUCAAGCCCUGACAUGCUGCCGUCGGAAGGUCCCUUUUCCGUGGGAGGAAGGCACUCAUCCACAGACUCCAACAAGGCCUCCAGCGGAGACCUCUCCCCUUAUGACAACAGCUCCCCUGUGCUGUCCGAGCGCUCCCUGCUGGCUAUGCAAGAGGAUGCGGGCCCGGGGGGCUCGGAGAAGCUUUUCAAAGGGCUGGAGCAGGACUUGCUGGUGGGCCACUUGACAUCGUCAAAAUCCAGGGAGGGUUCUCCUGGACCAAGGCUUGGGAAAGAUAUGUCGGAGGAGCCUUUCAAUAUCUGGGGAACUUGGCAUUCAACAUUAAAAAGUGGGUCCAAAGACCCAGGAAUGACAGGUUCCUAUGGCGACAUUUUUGAAAGCAGCUCCCUACGACCAGGGCCAUGCUCCCUUUCCCAAGGGAACCUGUCCCCAAAUUGGCUUCAGUGGCAGGGGAGUCCCACAGAACUGAAUAGUGGUACGCAGGUUGUUCAGAGGACUCAGCCCACGGCCACUGUGGUGCAGCACAGAGCCCACCGUCCUGUGUCCCGCAUCUGUAGCCCGCCCCACACCCAGGGCAGUGGCCGGAGGUCUGAGCAGUACUUGACUCUGAGCAGCGCCGAGGACCUCACCAAGAGCGAGCUGGAUGUGACCUGGCAGCAGAGCCAAGCCAAGCCUUUGUCCCAGAGACCUCGAGAGAGUGCGAGGCAUGACAAGAGGCCUCCUCCUCCUUAUCCUGGUCCAGGGAAGCAAGCUUUCGCAUCGUCCCACCAGCCCACGGAGCCACCGUUGUGGAGACCUCAGAGGCCAGAAGAAGGCUCCAGAACAGCUUUGGAAGACGGAAGCCAAACAGCUGAGCGAGAGCACCGGGCUGCCCAGCAGAAACUGAGCAGUGCUUACACCAGUCCUGCCAGCGAUCAGAACAGUAAGGCCUUGGGCGAGCCCAACUGGCUAGAUUGGCAGAGAGAGCGGUGGCAAAUCUGGGAGCUCCUGUCGGCCGACAACCCCGAUGCCCUCCCGGAGACACUGGUAUGAGCCCACCCAAGCUCGUGCCCUCCCGUCCCAAACAGCCUUCUUUCGCUCAGUAGGGGGAAAAGUUGGUGUUGAACAAUUGGACCCUCUCUUAUUUCUCUUCCUUUACACAUCUAAAAAAUAACACAGAAGAAGCUCAGUUCACUUAAAGACAUAGAGCACUAGUACCCUGGCCACUUAGAAUAAAGUUCUGCUGCAUAGCCAGCCUUAGGCAAACACAAAAACAAAAACGGAUGGCCGUGUCUCAUCUGAAACCUAUUCCCAUUGCCUCUGUGUAAGAUAAAACUCUUGCUUUAGUUUUGCUUAUUUGUGUUUAUGUGACUAUAGUUAUGACUAUUGUAUAUUCUGUAACAGAUUAUGUAUGAUAAUCAUAUAUGAUAUAUUCACAGAAAACAAAAGGAACAAUUUUUUGUAAUCACUUCACUUACACUAAGUAAUGAGAGUCUAUAGAAUGUUCUAGAAUAUGCACAAGCAGGUUUCUGUGCUUUUGCCAUAGCUUUUUAUCUGGGGACAGCCCUACCUUCAAUGCCUAAGAAAAACACUAACAAAACAAAACAAAACAAUAUGAGAAGCCAUAUUUUUAUAUAGUAGUGAGAUACAAAAAAAUAUAGUUACUGGAUGCUUUUUCAUAUUGAAUAUUUUAAAGAAAAUAUUAAAUUUGGUAUGUUAUGGAAUAUAUUUUUAGAAUCUGUUUAGAAAGGAUUCAGUUAAUCAAACAAGAGAAAGGCCGUGCCUAACAAAGAAAGGAUAAUUAAGAAGUUGUCCUUCCCAUUUUAGGUCCAAUUCAAUUUUAUAUAGACCAUAUAUAAUAUAUAUUUAUAAUGUAUAACUUUUAUGUAUUUUUCAAAACUACAAACUGGAAUCCAACUAUAAAGUGUUUAAGAAUCUAAAUAGAGUAUUCAAAUUACAGAACAUGGUUUUUCCUUUUGCCCCAUAAUCAGUAUUAACCAAAUUAUCUGCAACGCUUUGAAAAGUAAGUCAUGUUGCGAAAAGAACUACAGUUUUGUAUUGACAUCGUGCCAAAGGCUGAGGAAAUGUUUUCUUCGGUAAUUUUGUGUGUAUUGUAUGUAAAAUGCUCCUACCUUGUACUUGAGGAGUAAUUUGAAGUUUUUCAAUUGCAAAACCAUAUUUGACCAGCAGGUGGCGAUUCGCUACAGUAUUCUAUGAGGUUUUUUUUCACUUCAUAAGGGAAUGUGUAUUAUAGAAAAAGAAUUUUUUUUUAUAAAACAUUCUACUCUUAAUUUUCAUGUUGGCAAUGACAUUUUCAGUGGUGUUUUUUAAAGUUCUAUCCUGUGCUAUGAUGAAUAAAAAGUUAAGGCUUUGUUCC